UUGUUCCCCCCCAACAACCAGCUGCCGCAUAGGACGAGUUCUGAGGUUCUUCCUCUAACAGAGGGAGAGUCGAGGAGGCCUCGUCAGAUCACUUCGGGAUCACUUUGUUUCCGAUUUCGACCACCUUAACACCCGCCUGAACACCCAACUUCAGCCCCUACCAAAGGAUUAUUAAUCCUACCUACCUCGCUCUCGAGAUUUCCUGGCCCAUCAGUCCUCCCGCUUCGCCCGUUCUCUCACCGCCAACCCCCGGGGAUAUGGUUAUGGCAACAGCUCUCAUCGACAGCUUUGCUCCACUAGAAUUUACCAAUAACCAUCUUCUUUAUAAGGAGACUCUCGAUAGAUUUAUCGAGCAACAAAACAAUCAUGGCGGGAAUAUCGGGUUACCGUCCAAGGAGGAACUAAUUGGCGACGCUCUCCGCGAGCGUGUGGAGAGUGUUGACCAUGAGUUCUGUGCACCAGGAGAUGAGGACACCUUCUUCGUGGCCGACCUCGGCGAGGUCUAUCGUCAGCACCUACGUUGGAAGCUGAAUCUUCCUCGCGUCAAGCCCUUUUAUGCUGUCAAGUGCAACCCGGAUCCGAAGGUCUUGCAGCUUCUGUCCUCGCUGGGGACCGGCUUCGAUUGCGCCUCCAAGGCCGAGAUCGAGCAGGUUCUGGGCAUGGGCGUCGAUCCUGCUCGGAUUAUCUACGCACAGCCAUGCAAGACCAACUCGUAUGUUCGCUACGUUGCCAGCCACGGCGUGCGCCAGAUGACAUUCGACAACGCCGAUGAGCUGCGCAAGAUUGCGCGCCUAUUCCCGGAAGCCGAACUGUACCUGCGCAUCCUGACCGAUGAUUCGUCAUCGCUUUGCCGUCUAAGCCAGAAGUUUGGUGCCUCCCUUGACAGCACCAACAAUCUGCUCGAUCUUGCGAGCCGCCUAGGAUUGAAUGUUGUGGGCGUCAGCUUCCACGUCGGAUCCGGCGCGUCUGAUCCGUUGGCCUUCCUGAAGGCUGUCCGGGACGCCCACCACGUCUUCCAGCAGGGGGCGGCAUGCGGCUUCGACAUGAAGACUCUUGAUGUCGGCGGCGGCUUCUGCAGCGAUGCCAGCUUUGAGGACAUGGCCGGGGUGCUGCGCAGCGCCCUCGACGAGUACUUCCCUGCCCACACGGGCAUCAACAUCAUUGCCGAGCCCGGUCGCUACUAUGUCUCGUCCGCGUUCACGAUCGCGUGCAACGUCAUCGCCCGCCGCACCCUUGAGGACCCCGCGGCGGUCAACGGCGCCGUCAGCACCAGCCGCGAAAGCAGCUACAUGAUCUACAUCAACGACGGGUUGUACGGCAACUUCAGCAGCAUCAUGUUCGACCACCAGCACCCCGUCGCCAAGGUCCUCCGCGCCGACGGACGCACAAUCUACGGCACUGCGGCCGCCGGGGCCGUCCCCGACGGCAUCGAGUACAGCAUCUGGGGCCCGACUUGCGAUGGCAUCGACCGCAUCACCGAGAGCAUCCGCUUCGACGCGGUCCUCGACGUCGGUGACUGGCUCUACUUUGAGGACAUGGGUGCCUACACCAAGUGCUCUGCCACCAAGUUCAACGGCUUCUCCGACGAUCACGAUGUCAUCUACGUCUGCAGCGAGCUGGGUGCCAAGGCCCUCCUUGGCUGGUUGUGAAGCCGACGUCGCGGUACAUUCCCAGUGGCAUGUGCUGUGCCCGAGGCAGAUGAGUCGAUGCCCAUGUUUCCAGUUGGAUAUGCGGGAAGCUGCAAGAAUGAUCACGGAUUGAUAAAGGGCCUUUUUUUGAUGUUCUGUUCCACUUGUCUGUCGAAGACGUCGCCAAAGAAAAACCACUAUAAAAUAGAGGAUUGUUGGUUGCAAUACGACGGCGUUGCUCUGCGCAGCCGCCAUCGGGGUGCAGCCGAAGC